AUGGAUGAAACAUACGUCCAUUCAUCUCAUAUAUACCAAAAGAGCUGGUCUGAUAGUUCAAACAAGGGCAUACAAAAACCAGUAUCUAAAGGACAGAUGCUUGUGAUAGUGAAUGCUGGAGGUGAAAGUGGUUUUGUUAAAAACGCUUAUCUGCGCUACAAACCUACUAUAAAAACAGGAUAUUAUCAUGAUGCAAUGAACUACGACAAUUACAAAAAGUGGCUUCAGGAUAAACUGAUACCAAAUUUGCCCCCGAACAGCGUUUUAGUGAUUGAUAAUGCACCGUAUCACAACGUACAAACUGAGAAAUGUCCAACUAUGUCUUCCAGGAAAGCAGAAAUUCAGCAGUGGCUGACAACUCGAAAUAUUUCCUUUACAGAUGGCAUGUUGAAAUUUGAACUAUACAUUAUAAAAUUACACAAACCUCGGUUUAAAACCUAUGAAAUUGACAAAGUACUCGAGGAAAAAGGACAUUCAGUUUUACGGUUACCCCCGUAUCAUCCGGAUUUGAAUCCUAUAGAGUUAGUAUGGGCUUCUAUGAAGCAAUAUGUUACUGAAAAAAAUGUCAGUUUUGAUUUUAAAUUAGUGGAAAGUUUGUAUGAUGAAUUUUUUAAUUCGUUUUCAGUCGAACAAUGGAAAAAGAGGUGUGAACAUGUUAAAAAAAUAGAACAAAGUUAUAUGGCACAACAGCCAGCUUUUGACACCGUGGUGGAUCAAAUAAUUAUAAAUGUAGGUGUCGAUACUGACAGUGAUUGUGAAAAUGACUGGAUAGACUCUGAUUCUGAGUCAGAUGAUUCAUAA